UUGAAUCCGUUAGUAUUUAUUCCUCGAAUUUCUGUUUCUAAGUUUGUGAAAUCAUUAAUUAUUAUUCCGAAAUGACGAUGUCGAAAGUGAAUAAAAAACAAUUAAAAAUAACGAAGCUGUUUCGUAAAGGAAAUAAACGUCCCAGAAUCCUUAAGGAAAACGAUGAAAAUAGUGAGUUACAGCAGGAGGUGGCGGAAUUAGAAAGAAAGCUUCAAGAGAAACAAGAUUACCUGUUCCAAAUACAGAGGGCGAGCUACCGGCACCCUGUUGUAGUACCGAUUAAAACUGAAGAUAAUGAUGCUGCUAAUACUAAAUCAAUAAUCAUGAAAAACCGCAUAGAUGGAUGGCAGAAGACCCUGGACCUGACAACAAUGUUGACGGGCAUGGCAGUGGAGUCCUAUGGCCGGGACCACUGCAGUGUCAUAUUCCAUAUGCAGCUUGAUAGGGAGGUGGAUGUCAAACAUGGAGUCACCAUAUCCAAAGUAGACGGUGAACACAAGAUCACAGGCUGCUCUCUGCCCCUCGGCUUCAACCUAAAGUCAAUGUUAGACGGCUGCAACAACGAGGUUUCACUCAAGACCUUUGACGUCAUCAGGAAAGCACUCACCGCCUACUAUGCCAGACUUGAACAAUACGAAGACCUCAAGGUGUUUCUAAGCGUGGACGCGUCGCUGUUCAAACUGAUGGAUGGUACGCAGAUGGAGAUCACAUUCGUCCUCAGAAACGAACUAGAGGAAGAUAGCGAAGCCACAGAGAGCAUAACGUUCAUACUGCACUACACUAUGUAUGAUAUUCGUCCUAGGGACUACUCCUUCAAAGGUUUAUCAGAUAAACCCCAAGAGACGCUGUGGGAGCAGUUCCUGUUGUUCAAGAAAUACCCUCUGACAAAAGCCUUCAAACUGGCCUUCAUCGACGGCGAGGGCUCCUACAAACUGGUCAGACAUCUCGACAACCCGCUGAAGGAGUCCCGUCGCAAGCGUCACCGACCCAACGCCAACGCGAACAACGUCAACGACGAUACCUUCCAUGUCGAGGACUGUUCCGAGUCCAGUGGAGAUGACGCUGAUGAUAACUGA